AUGGGUUGUCCCACAGUGGUCCUCAAUGGCCCAGCAGGAAACCGCCUUCUCUUUCAGAAUGACUUCAAUAUCAUAGCUAACAAGCAGCCCAUCUCUCUCACCAGAAUAGUUGGGAAGAAGAGCAUUCUAGAACUCAGUGGAGAAGAUCACAAGCGCAUGAGAAGUGCAAUCAUGCAGUUCCUCAAGCCUGAAGCCCUGCAGAAAUUUGUGGGCAGAAUGAAUUCCAUUAUUAAAAAGCAUUUUGUUGACUGUUGGGAUGAAAGGACUCUGGCUGGUGAUUUACUAUUUGGUCUGAAUGACAGUGAAGAAAUUGAGAUACUGAGCCAGGAUUUUACUGAGGCUUUUAAAGCCCUUUGGUCUCUACCAUUGGAUUUACCUGGUACAGCCUUUCGCUCUGAAUUGAAGGCUCGUUCAAGGAUUUGCAAACGUUUAUCAUCCUUGUUGAAAGUGAGGAGGAGGGAACUCCAUGAAGGAAAGUUUUGUCCUGGUCAGGAUCUAAUGUCCAACAUGCUUAGCUCAAGGAAUGAAAAUGGAAAAGCCAUGACAGAGGAAGAGAUCAUUGAUAACAUGAUCGCUCUCAUGUCUGCCGGCCAUGAAACAACCUGUAAUCUGUUGAUAAAUGUUUUGAGACUCCUGGCACUCAAUCCACAUGUCUACCAAAAGGUCUUGGAAGAGCACAUGGAGAUUUUAACAAAGAAAGAGAUUGAUGAACCUCUUACAUGGGAUGACAUUCAAAAGAUGAAAUAUACAUGGAAGGUAUGCCAAGAGACAAUGCGCUUAAUCUCCCCUGUCUUUGGUGGAUUUAGAAAAGCCAUGAAGGAUGUUGAAUUUGGAGGGUUUGUGAUUCCAAAAGGAUGGCAGAUAUUGAACCUUUAUGCCAAGAUUCUUAUAGAUUACCUGGUUGAUGAGAAGGAGAAAACAUUUGGCACAGCUAAGCAGAAGGAAUCUGAGGUGAAGAUUGAUUUUGGCAAGAAUAAAAGGGAAGGACAAAUCAAGAAGGUUGGAUAG